AUGUCGGAACAGGAAAAGGCGCCAGCGCAGCCUAUAAGCGAUGCCAAUGAAGUCGAACCCUCCGGCUUACGAAAUGGCGACGCAGAGAAGCCGGCGCCGCUGGAGCAUAAUGGUGGCCAGGGUGAACACAAGGGCAAAGUUGCAGCAGCAAAGGAGAAAGUAAGCAAGCAACAGGAGAAGAUGAAAAACAAGAAAGAACCUGCUGGAGGCUACGAUGCGACGCCUAUCCCCGCAGCGCGCGAUGGCUACACCGUGCGCUUCACUUUCCACCGCGCUGAGAACCUGCCCGUUGCAGAUCUCAACUCUGGAUCCUCGGAUCCGUUCAUCAUGGCGACAUUGAGCACAUCGCUACCAAAGAGACACAAGGAGGAUCCGGAGAUGGUUAUAAGGACUCCGACCAUACAUAAGAAUACGAAUCCGGAGUGGAAUACCCAUUGGGUUGUUGCUGGGAUUCCGUCGAGUGGAUUUAAGUUGAAGUGCAGGCUUUACGAUGAGGACCCGUCAGAUCACGAUGAUAGAUUGGGCAAUGUGACGGUUCAUGUCAAUCACAUUGAUGCGAAUUGGAGAGGUUUCCAGGAGGACAAGUUUGAUAUCAAGAAGAGGAUGAUGAGCAAGAGGGCGUAUCUGAUUCGGGGCUGUGCUGCGAUAUUUAGUGAUGUGCAUAUGAGUGGGAGUUUGUACCUCAGCGCUGAGGUGCUGGGUGAGUCUGAGAAACCUCAUGGACGGCUAUUUACGGUUGGGGAUACGGCAUGGGUGAAGCAUUACUCGCCUAUGAUUGGAAGAAUUGCAGGAACGAAAGCUCCUGGUAGUACUGUUGGUACCGAUGGGAAGCCCAAGACUGAGAAAUACGAUUUCCAAGCAAACCAAUAUCAACUCCAAGGCCCAGUCCCCGCAGAACUUUAUCACCGCUUCGUAGAAUUCAAGCCUUUCGUCAAAGGCAUGUUCUCGAAAGCCGGCCUGCGAGGCAGAGUCCUAAAUAAAGCCCUACAUCAUCAACACGCACACGUCUACAACUUUGCAAACAGCACCGAAUACGGCGUCGUGCCCCCGCGAUCCAAAGAAGCAUCCCUUCAAUUCCUCAAGAUGGUCCACUUUGAUGAAGGCGGGCGCAUCUUCACCUACGUGCUCACCUUGGACGGCUUGUUGCGUUUCACUGAGACGGGCAAAGAAUUCGGUAUUGAUCUGCUGAGCAAACAUACUAUGCACAGCGAUGUGAACAUCUACAUUGCUUGUUCCGGCGAGUUUUUUAAUCCCACCCAGACACCGACAUCCCCCGGUGGCCCACCUCAUUCACCCCCUCCAAAAUCCCCAGAGAGCUACGAGCUAAUCAUCGACAACGACUCCGGGACCUACCGCCCCAAAGGCGACUUGUUACCCAAGCUCAAAGAAUUCCUCAACGCCAAUUUCCCUGGCCUGCACGUCGUGGUAAAAGAAUGCACGGAUGAGAAACUCACUAAGAUGAAGCAAGGACAGAGGGAGCGCAAGAAGAAAGAGGGCAACAAUGUGACCAUGGUGCAGAAUUCGGACGAUGAUAUUAGCAGUAGUGAUGAGGAAAGGCUUGAUGGGGGCAUCGCGAAGAAGACGGGCAAGCAGAGGGCGUUGGAAGCGUUGGAGAAUCCAAAGGGCGCUGCGAAGAGUAUUAUUCCGGGCGAGAAGGGGAGGAAGACUAGGGAGGCGAAUGAAGAAGAUGGAGAUAGGGCCGAGGCUAGUGCCGUGUAA